AUGCUAACUUGGCAUGAUGGCCCUGCUCACUGGCAAUUUAUCCUGCUACGUUUAGGCUUCAAGCUGCCAGUUCACCCAUAUCCUUUGGCUCUAGCAGUGUCUGUCGUACUGCUAAUCAUCUCCGAGGCAAACAGUUUUUAUGCUGGGAGCUCUGGAUUUAAAAUCGCUGCUUCUCUCUCAUUUUUGGGUGCAGGAAUACAGGCUGCUGGCGCAACAGGUGACGCGCCCUUCAGAUCUUCCGCCCUGAUGGUGGCUGGUCUGGCGUUCAGUCUCGUCGGAGACAUCUUCCUCAUCCCUACUCCCAAAGUCUACGCCCAGAAAAUGGCAAACUCGAAAUCAGAAGCAGGAUUCGCCGCCACUGACAAACAAGGAGACUCUUUAUUAUUCAAAGCCGGGACCUUUUUUUUCGCACUAGCCCACAUCUCAUACAUCGCAGCAUUUCUCUCCGAUUCAUCGUUAGCUGCGUUGCGUGUACCGGACUUCGCCCUUGCAGCUUCCUUCGGUGCAGGCCUUAUAUAUUGGUUGGGAAUACUCCAAAGAAAACCUGGGCCAGAUGCAUGGUUCAAUGUACCACAGGACAUGCGCGGGCUUGUUAUAGCCUAUGUAACCAUCAUUAUGACUAUGGUGGCCACUGCAACAGCAACCGAUAAAGGACACCAGAAAAUUGUUGGGGCGUGGACGUUCAUGAUUAGCGACUUGUUCGUUGCAGCGGAUGCCUUCGGUGUGAAGAAAGAUCGGGUUCAACCUUCCCAUGGGCAACGAGGCUGGAAAGCACGAUCAGUAGGCUGGAUUGCAUAUUUUGGGGCGCAACUUUUAUUAGCUGGAUCCAUUUGA